AUGAAUCAUCUUGGCCUUGUUCAAAAUUGUGCCAUGGACAAACAUGGCAAAGGUGUAAGUGAGUCUGAUUUGAUUUAUCAUUCUCUGUUUAUAAUCGCACAAGUAUUUCAAGUAAUUUUAUGUGCAGAUGCAUUGUAUCAAAGAAACACAGCUCAACUGUGUGCAUUAAUAACCUUUGGUCUCUCCGUUGUCAGUAAUUAUGCUGGCAUUCAGUUACAACAACAUGUUAUUUUAGAAAAUGCAGUUUGUGGAGAAGAAACCUUCUGGGUGCCUGUAGAACAUCGCUGGACCGAUGAUCUGAUGGGUAUGAAUACUGCUAAGUCUUUCUAUGGAAAUAUCAUGCGACCCGUAGAAUACACAAUUAUUGCCAUGAUUCCUGUAUUUUUUGUUAUGUUGGCCUUUUUCGGUUGGCGCUUGCGUAAGCAAUUUGCCUGGGAUAAUUAUAGAAAUUUCUCUGCUGAUAUGAGAGUCCGAAGCGCAUUAAUUAUGACAAGUCUCUUGAUGACAUUACUUAAACUCGAUUUCUUUUUUGUGUUCUCUUUUGCAGCACAAUUAAUCCCAUCACAAGAUUUGGGUUACGAUGAUUCUGUUACGGAAACCGUAUUGGUGUUUGUUUUAGGCGGUGUCGGAUUGGCUUUGGCAUUGAUCGCCGUCUACAGGGAGAACAAAUAUGCUAUGGGUACUUUUAUUGGGUGCGGAGUACUUGCCAUCGCGUAUUUUAUUUAUAGAAUUGUUGUGAUUGCGCGACCUCGUCCUGUCACAGACGAUCCUUACCUUCACACUCGACAAUUUUUAAUUUUCACUACUGUGAUAGCCGCAGCGCUUUUGCUGGGUACUAUUAUCGUUGCUUGCAAAUGUUUCUGGAACGUACACAAAGGUCUCGUAAUUUUCAAGGAUACAGCCAUGCACAAGAACAAAGUUUACGGAAAUCAAGAAGCGGCGAUUGAUCAUGAUAGUUUAGAUGAUGGGUAUGAAAUGGCUUCUGGUAAACAUGUGGCUCAUAAUGCCAGUAAAACUUUAUUAGAAGUAGAACAUUCACCAGAGCAACAUUCCAAAACUCAACAAAAUAACUCCAACAUGUGGGCUAUCGAAUAG